AGGAGGGAGAGACAUUAGAGGAGCUGACGCUGGUUAAUUACUGAACACCGCCUGGGCUACAAGCUAACGUUAGCUAAGAUUACCAGCAGUACACUGAACAUUGUCGACUAGCUUCCUAGCUCAGGGUGAGGCGAUAGCUGUGGCUGUCGUCCUGAGAGGAUGUCGUGUCAGAUCAUUAGGAAGUCCACACUUUGUCGAGCAGAGACAAUAAUGUCCCACUCCCCUGACAAUGAGGAUGGAUGCUUUGUUGCCAUGGAUACAGAGGACGAUGGUGCAGAGCCUGCUGGGAUAGCAGAGGAAGUGGAGGGAAAGAUGGGGUCCUGCCGACAAGAAGGGAGCAUGGACAGUGGUGCCAAAGGGGGAAGGACAAUGGUGGAGUUGCCAGAGGAAGUUCUUGAAUACAUUCUGUCCUUUCUCUCACCUUACCAGGAGCACAAGACUGCUGCGCUUGUAUGUAAGCAGUGGUAUCGCCUCAUUAAAGGUGUUGCUUAUCAGUGCUACCACGGUUUCUUGAGAGCUGUCCAGGAGGGAAAUAUCCAGUGGGAAAGUCGCACGUACCCAUAUCCAGGAACCCCUAUCACGCAGCGCUUCUCACACAGUGCAUGUUAUUAUGACUCAAACCAGUCAAUGUAUGUGUUCGGGGGCUGCACUCAGAGUAGCUGCAAUGCUGCCUUCAAUGAUCUAUGGAGACUUGACCUCAACAGCAAGGAGUGGAUCCGCCCUUUAGCCUCAGGCUCUUAUCCAUCUCCUAAAGCUGGAGCAACUCUAGUGAUGCACAAAGAUCUGUUAGUGCUGUUUGGGGGAUGGACUCGCCCCAGCCCUUAUCCACUGCACCAACCAGAAAGGUUUUUUGAUGAAAUCCACACCUACUCUCCUUCAAAGAACUGGUGGAACUGUAUAGUAACAACGCAUGGACCUCCACCCAUGGCUGGCCACUCUUCCUCUGUAAUUGGAAACACAAUGGUGGUGUUUGGGGGAUCACUAGGAGCACGUCAAAUGAGUAAUGAAGUCUGGGUUCUGGAUCUGGAGCAGUGGUCCUGGUCCAAACCACCAAUAUCUGGCCCAUCACCCCACCCACGAGGAGGCCAAUCACAGAUUGUGAUUGACGAUCAGACGUUGCUCAUCUUGGGAGGUUGUGGAGGCCCCAAUGCACUCCUUAAAGAUGCCUGGCUCCUCCACAUGGAUUCUCCACCAUGGAGGUGGCAGCAGCUGCAAGUGGAAAACGAGGACCACGGGGCCCCGGAGCUGUGGUGUCACCCAGCGUGUAGAGUGGGUCAGUGUGUGGUGGUUUUCUCACAGGCUCCAUCUGGCCGUGCACCGCUCAGCCCAAGUCUGAAUUCUCGGCCCUCCCCCAUAAGUGCCACACCUGCCCCUCUGGGCCCCGAACCGCCUUCCCUGCGCUCUCAGUCUCCUGUUCGGAGCGGGGCCGCUGGCGUUGUCCUAGGAGCUGUUGAAGAGGCUCCGUGUGUAAACGGUCGAUGGGGCACGCUGAGACCUCGGCCUUCAGCGAGAGGAAGUGCCAGAGAUGGGAGCCCAUCUUCAUCCCAACAACCAUCUCCUUCACAAGGCCCAGACAGCCCUCCUCUUCCUCCACUUCCCCCGUUAUUAAAUGGAUCCUCCCCUUCACCCCGGACCAGCCCAGCCCAGGCUGCGUCUCCCCCCUCUCGCCCUCACCUUCCUGCCUCCACAGACUAUGACUGGGAGUCUCCCCCUUCUGCCGCUCACCACCCCGAGGUGCCCAGCACUAACGGCCUGCAUACACCUCCCGCAGGCUCCCCGCGCACUCCCCCAGGAGCAGUGUCCCCCGCUGCCUUAAGACGAGGUCUGGAGGCAGUGAAAAACAAAUCUUCCUCAUCUUUACCAUCAUCAUCGUCAUCGUCUUCCCUUCAGACACAGGGGGCUUCUCCGGGAGGAGGAAGCGGUGGAGGAGCGGGUCCUCCUGGAACCCCUCCGUCAUCCUCCUCCAGCCCUCCACAGGCUGCUGGAGCUGACGGACACGCUAUCCCACCUAUUGCACGGCGUCUUGGCCAUCACCCACCUCAGAGCCUGAACGUAGGGAAACCUCUGUACCAGUCUCUCAACUGCAAGCCCAUGCAGAUGUACGUGUUGGAUGUGUCCCGGGCCAAAUCUGCUGGGGUGGUGUCCUGGAGAGUUUAUGGGAACGGGACUCCCGCUGCGGUCACAGGGCCACCUGAGACCAGCCUUCACACAGUGGUACAGGGAAGGGGGGAGCUCAUCAUUUUUGGGGGCCUCAUGGACAAAAAACAGAAUGUGAAGUACUACCCUAAAACCAACGCCUUGUACUUUGUCCGUGCUAAAAGGUAAUGCAGCUCCAGGCAGGAUUGGGAAGACAAGACACUCCACCCUGUGACCACACAAGGGAAUUGACACACAAGGCCUUUGUCCUAUAGAGAGGAUUAUGGGAAAAGAACAUAAUCAUUGUUAGAUGUUCCACUUCAGAAAUUCACUAUUCUCCCGUCUGCCUAAAGCAAGCGUUCAAAAUACACUAACUACACUUUGAUAAAAACCAAUUGUUUGAAUGAGAAUCCUGACUCUCUGUGUGUGUGUGUGUGUGUGUGUGUGUGUGUGUGUGUGUGUGUGUGUGUGUGUGUGUGUGUGUGUGUGUGUGUGCGUGUGCGAGCGUGUGUGUGCGUGCGUGCGCGUGUGUGAGCGUGUGUUUGGGCCUGCGGUGAUUAGAGAGAACAGGACUUUUUUUUUUGUUGUUCCCCAAAAGGUGAUCAACCAAACAAUAACAUUUCUGUUUUUCUGUGUCACCCUGAACUCGAGAGAGAGUAAUUCCAGAAGAACGGACGCUUUUAACAGAAACGGUUGACGACUACCUUGUUUUUUGUAUCACUCUUUAAGCCUGCAAUGUUUACAUUGAAAACAGUGUGAGCGUGCGUGUGUGCGUGUUGUGUGCACGGUGGUGGUUUAAAGUUGUUGACUAAUGUGUGUCGGGGGCCAUGGUUGGUGAGAGAUGUGGCACUGUACUAUAAACAUAGUUGAACAAUAAAGGCCUCCAUGUUUGCUCUGUCAAA